CCACCUCUCUCGACCGUCAUCCCACCCCUCAUCCUAGGCACCGCAACCUUCAACACCCAAUACCACCCCUCGCCCGACCUCGACCUCUCCCUCCCGAUCCUCCGCCAUGCCCUCGCCCGCGGAAUAAGAGCAAUCGACACCUCCCCCUACUACGGCCCCUCAGAGCGCCUCAUCGGCGCCGCCCUACGCACCCUCUCCAGCGAACAAUCCCCGUCAUCGCCACCCCGCCUCCCGCCCCGCGAAUCCCUCUUCCUCAUCACCAAAGCCGGCCGCAUCGGCCCCUCCACCUUCGACUACUCCCCCGCCCACAUAGCCCACUCCGUCCGCCGUUCCUGCGCCAGGCUAGGAACCCCCUACCUCGACCUCGUCCACUGCCACGACGUCGAGUUCGUCCCCGCCACCGCCGUCGUCUCCGCCGUCCGCGAGCUCCGCCGCCUCCGCGACUCCGAAAACCUCGUCCGCUACAUCGGCAUCUCCGGCUACCCACUCCCCGUCCUCGCCCACCUCGCCGACCUCAUCCUCCGCGAGACGGGCGAACCCAUCGACGCCGUGCAGUCCUACUCGCACUUCUGCCUCCAAAACGACCGCCUCGCCCACCACGACGUCCUCCGCCGCUUCCGCGACGCCCGAGUCGCCGUCGUCACCAACGCGAGCAUGCUCUCCAUGGGCCUCCUUACCUCCCGCGGCGCCGAUGCUGGGCCCCAGGCUACCUGGCACCCCGCUCCCCGGCCUCUUCGCAUCGCCUGCCGCGACCUCGCCGACCUGGCUUCCGCCGAGGGAGAGAAACUGGAGGACGUGGCGCUGCGGUGGGCCAUGGCCGCCUGGGCCCGUCGCGGCGCCGAGUUUGGUUCUUCGGCUCCUCCCCUCCCUUCCGGUCGGAGGAGGGUGGGCGUCAGCGUCAUGGGCGUAACGAAGCCUUCCGAGCUGGAAGAAACCUGCCGCGCCUGGGAAGACGUCAUCCGCGACCUCGACCUGCGCGGCGACAACAGCAACAACAACAACAACAACAACAACGACGACGACGACAACAACCACCCCAUCACCCCCGACUCUGCAUUUCUUUCCCCCGAGGACGCCGCCGUCCUGGCCCGCGCUGACAAGAUGCGCCGCCUGGCCGACGACCAGAUGCGCCCCGCCCUGGGCGAAUGGCACAACUACAGCUGGGAGAGCUCGCCGCCGGGCUUCGUCAACGAGCGGAGAGCUUUCGGUGUGCUUCCCGAAGAUCGUGAC